AUGUUUAAUGUUUAGCUUCUGCGAUUUACUGUGCUGAUAUAGGAUAUUAUAAAUACAGGAUGUUCAGCAUGUUUUGGUUAGACCUGAUGAGAGGCUCCUGUAGUGUCUGUGGUGACAAACCUGCUGAGAAUCAUUUGCUGCUGCAGGAAAGAUCAUUUCUAGCUCAAAUUAAACAAUGGGUAACAAGACACCAUCAAGCAGCAAUUCAAAACAUGGUCUUAAAAACAUAAACACAACAACAAUAUACAAACAGGAAGAGCCUCAAAGCUGGUGUUGCUGUUGUAAAAAACAAGUGUCAUACAGAAUUCCAGCUCUUGUGUAUCUCAGUGAUGAUCAAACCUUCCUUGCCUUUGCCGAAAAGAGAAAAACAUUAAGUGACACAAGUGCAGAAGUGCUUGUGAUGAGAAGAGGAACAUGGAAUGAUGGCAAGAAGAUUAAAGAAGUUGAGUGGGUCAGUGGACAUCAGGUGCUCACUUCAGCUUGUUUACCAAACCACCGCAGCAUGAAUCCAUGUCCCGUCUAUGAGAGAGAUUCCAAGACCCUCUUUCUGUUUUUUGUCUGUGUUCCCAUUGGGGUCUCUGAAUACGAACAAAUACGGACAAAUAAGUGCCAAGGACGGCUUUGUUAUGUGACCAGUAAGGAUGCUGGCAAAACCUGGAGCCACACUACAGAUUUGACAGCAGAUGUGAUCGGUGAGCAGGUGAAAGACUGGGCCCCCCUUGCUGUUGGACCAGGACAUGGUCUUCAAUUGAAGAGCGGGAGACUGAUAAUUCCGGCCUAUGCGUAUCGAUACACUGGCAAAUCUGAUUGCACAUCAUGUUGCUGCUUAUCAUUUUGCUGUUUCACACCUUAUGCUUUAGCAUUCUACAGCGAUGAUAAAGGAAGCACAUGGAAAGCAGGAAAACAAAUGGAUGUUGAGUCAUGUGAGUGUCAGAUGGCUGAGAUCAUCGAUGACAAAGGUACCAGUACUCUGUACUGCAAUGCUCGAACCCGCCUUGGCUAUAGAACGGAGGCACUAAGCUACAACUCUGGAGAUGCUUUUGACAAUGUUUUAACUCCAAAUAAGCUAAUAGAGACUGCAAAAGGAUGCCAAGGCAGUGUGUUGAGUUUUGUUGAACAGAGUAGUCCUCUAAAGACAUGGCUGCUCUACUCUCAUCCAUCCGAUCCAAAAAAGAGAGUGAAUCUUGGUCUGUACUUGAAUAAAUCCCCAUUGGAUUCCUCAGGGUGGCCUAAGGAACCUUUACUUAUAUUACAUCAUGGUCCCAGUGCAUAUUCAGAUCUGGUAGAGUAUGAGCCUGGACACUUUGCUUGUCUCUUGGAGUGCGGGAAGGAACAUGAUAAUGAAGAAAUAGCAUUUUUGCUGUUCGAACUCCCUGAGAAAAAAAAUGUAAAUGUGUAAAUUUAGAAUUAGUUGAAUGCUCAGUAAAGAGUCAAGUCCCUUCAAAUGAAUUAUGGAUCUAAUGUAACCUCUCUUCUUCUUCUUUUUUUUUUUUCAUUUAUAACAUUACAUACUAUAGAGCUAUUACAAAAUAUGAAUUUUAUUAUAAGAUUAAUUUAUUUCAUUUGUGAUGCAAUGAUAUCCAGGCAGACAAGCAAUGAUUAUGUAUAGUAUAGUUUAUAAUGAACUUUAAAAAUGUGUAUCUAACAGAUGAAGAAUGUGAAGAUCGGAGUAUAGAGAAAGAAGGACCCAAAAGUAGUAAGAUAUUUGAAGAAUGAAAGGAGAGGUAGAAAAGAAGAAGCAGAAGUGAAAGAAUAUAUAUGCAGGGAACUUACGUCCUCCUAAACUCCACCAAUUUGAUUAAAAAUGUAAAAAAAAAAAAAAGAAAGAAAAGAAAAAAGAAAAUACCAGUAUCUGUGUAAUUUGUUAAUCCAUAACAUUAUGUAAAUCUUUUAAACAGUUUUUUUUCUUGGUUUGUUGUUGCAAACUGCUUCUGCUUAUACUGAUCUGGAAACUGGAAUCUAUUUAGAACCAACAUAAUAGUCACUGUCAGCAACUGUAUUGUAUUGUGUAUAAUUCUUGAACAGAUCUUUUACAUGCUGAACUCAUAUAAUAGACAAUUUAAAGCAUUUAUUUCAUGUUUUAUCUCUGAUUAAAGCUAAAUGCAACUGCUUUUGAUACAGUUGUGUCAGAGAUAUUAGAAUAAACAUUAAAAUGUGUAUAUGAACAUGGUGUUUCCUCAUUUUUAAACUUUAUAAAUGAUAAUGAGUAUCACACAUAAUGGUUCUCUUCUGUUUUGCAUACUUGACAAUGACAAACACAUAUCAGCGUAUGAAUCUCAAUAAUGGUGACAACAAAAUAUCCAGACAAUCAGAUCAAAUCUGGACAUCACAAAGCUACUAAAAGACAGAACAAAAACCACAGCAAAUAAUAAGACAAUUCAGCUGCAUAAUUUAUUCAUGUUGUGAUGCAUGCUGGGAGCUUUGUACUAUUGUUCCCAGCAUACAUUGCGGCAUGACACUUUUGAUUGUCACCUUUGUUGAUAUUCAUGUGCUGAUUCUUGAGGUCUUUGUGUCAUCUUAGAAUAAUUUUUGUGUUUUUAAUCUUAUAAAUUAUUUCUGCAAUAUAGCAUGAAUGCAAUCAUUUUGCAGUAACAUGGGGUUUGUAAUGUAAAUUUAUUAGACUUCAAACUGGCAACUACAUUUAAGUUCCCUGUUAAAGGCUAACCUGCAUUUGUCCAAAUUACCCGUUUAUUCCCAUGGAAAGUUUCCAGCCUUGAACAUUUCAGGAAUAACACCCCAGUACAGUUGCAAUAAUUUGUGCUGUAUAAAGGGUGUCACCCUGGUGUAAAAUAGGCCCUGCAUUACAUACCGCCCAAUGCCCCAGUACAGUAGCCAUAAACUGUAAUGAAUAAAGGGUUAAAAUAAACCCCACAAAAUAAGGGGUGUAUCCCUGGGGCAAAAAUAAUCCCUAUGCUACAUCACAUACCAUGCAGGUAGUUAGAUAGAUAAGU